CGCUUUGUUUUUCCUGUUGGGACAGAAGACGGAGAAAAUUUUGCCUUUAUUUAUCACAGAGUUGCCUUAACAUUUAUUUCCCUUCAGUAUAACUAACAGGACGUGAAACUGGUCUCGUCUUUUGUAAAAAAAAGUCGUUACAUAGGGGGGUUCAAGACAGUGUCCUGAUUGGAGCGGAAGGAAUUCCAGGCUCUGGGAACAACUGGAUAAAACCACUGGAAUGCUGCAUGCAAGUUGCAGAAAACGGAUUUUUACAGCUCAAUCUGGAGUCACGACACCGCAGACAUGUGCUCGGUAGACUAGUAGAACUGGGACGUGUGUCGGAGCUUGGUUUUAGUUGUGUUUGAGUUGAGAGCAGCUAUCCACGUAGCCUCUCUGCAGGAGAGAGUAAAAUGGCGGAGGGCUGGCCGGUUCCUCCGGCUCUGGUCGUCAUGCUGCUCAGCCUCACUGCCUGGACCGCAGAGUCCUCCUGCCCCGCGGCCUGCUCCUGCUCCAGGGGCCAGGAUCAGCUCCACAUCAUGGACUGUAACAGGAAAAGGCUGUCGGUGGCUCCCCUGGAUCCCCCAGAUACUACCACUCAUGUCACGAUGAAUCACAAUGAGCUGACUGUUUUCCCUUUCCUUGGAGAUGUUUCUGCAAACAUUACCUCAGUGUCCUUAGUCCACAAUCGGAUCUCGGAGCUGUCGAUGCUUCAGCUCCAACCAUACGUUUCCCUGGAAACACUGGACCUCACAUCCAACUCUAUCUCUGAGCUCAAAGUUGGAUCCUUUCCAUCAAUGCCGCUAAAAUAUCUGAAUUUGAGUAACAACAAGAUCAGUGUCCUUGAGCCCGGCUGCUUUGAAAACAUCUCCAGUUCUCUGCUGGUGCUUAGGCUGAACAGGAACAGAUUAGCUGUCCUGCCAUCCAAAGUCUUCACACUUCCACAGCUUCAGAUCCUUGAAAUGAAGCGAAAUAAGAUCAAAUUAGUGGACAGCCUGACAUUUAAAGGGAUGGACUCACUGAAGUCACUAAAGAUGCAGAGGAAUGGCAUCACGGAGCUCAUGGACGGAGCCUUCUUUGGACUGAACAACAUUGAGGAACUGGAGCUGGAACACAACAACCUAACAGUGGUUAAAAAAGGUUGGCUGUAUGGCCUUCGCAUGCUGCGUAUCCUGCGGAUCAGCCAGAAUGCCAUCGGCAUCAUCCGACCAGAUGCCUGGGAGUUUUGUCAGAAGUUAGAGGAACUGGACUUGUCCUUUAACCACCUGACCCGACUCGAGGAGACGGCUUUCAUAGGACUGGGUUUCCUGGAGAACCUGAACCUGGGAGAAAAUUCCAUCAGCCAUUUGGGAGAAGGAGUGUUCAGUGGCUUGUCAAGUCUACGAACCUUAGAUAUACGCAACAAUAAAAUCUCCUGGGCUAUUGAAGACUCCAUUGGUGUAUUUGAUGGAAUGAAGGCGCUAAACACACUAUUUCUACAACAGAAUAAAAUAAAGUCAAUCACUAAGAAAGCCUUUGAGGGCCUGGAUGAGCUGGAGUAUCUGGACCUCAGCAAGAAUGACAUCAUGUCCAUACACCCUGAGGCGUUCUCUCGUAUUAAGCUCAAAGCCUUUGUCCUGAACUCGAGCAGUCUGCUGUGCGACUGUCACAUGCAGUGGCUGGGUCCUUGGCUGGUGGAGAGCCAGUUCCAGCAGUCCGUAUCUGCCGUCUGUGCCCAUCCUGCCACUUUACUUGGUCGCAGUGUCCUUUCCAUCAGCCCAGAGGAAUUUGUUUGUGAUGAUUUCCCCAAGCCCCGAAUCUCAACUCACCCGGAGACAUCUGUGGUGUUGCGGGGCAACAAUGUGACUCUGAGCUGCGUCGCAUCCAGCAGCAGCGACUCACCGAUGACAACGGCAUGGCGGAAGGACGGGGAGGUGCUCUAUGACGCAGAAGUUCAAAACUAUGCCCGCUAUCAGGAGGGAGAGCUCAUCUACACCACUGUCCUUCACCUCCUUAACGUCAACUUCACUGAUGAGGGCCGUUAUCAGUGUGUGGUCUCCAACCACUUUGGCUCCAACUACUCCAACAGAGCCAUGCUGACUGUGAAUGAACUGCCCUCCUUUCUUAAGACUCCCAUGGAUCUAACGAUCCGCGCCGGGACCAUGGCCAGGCUGGAGUGUGCUGCCGAGGGCCAUCCAUCACCUCAGAUCGCUUGGCAGAAGGACGGAGGCACAGAUUUCCCCGCAGCGCGAGAACGCAGGAUGCACGUUAUGCCGGAUGACGACAUAUUUUUCAUCGCCAAAGUUAAGACGGAAGACAUGGGGGUGUACAGCUGCACGGCUCAAAAUGCAGCUGGAAGUCUGUCUGCAAAUGUCACUCUCACUGUCCUGGAAACGCCAUUCUUCAUGCGGAACCUAGAAGGAACUAGGACGGUAGUCCGCGGUGAAACAGCUGUGCUUCAGUGUAUCGCCGGGGGCAGCCCUGCUCCACGUCUCAACUGGACCAAAGACGACGGGCCCCUGGUGCUCACCGAGCGCCACUUCUUCGCAGCCGCCAACCAACUCCUCAUCAUCGUUGAUGCCGGUCCCGCUGAUGCCGGGAAAUACACCUGCAUCAUGUCCAACACUAUUGGCACAGAGCGCGGCCACAUCUACCUCAGCGUCUUACCCAAGUGUGAUACGGGAACCAACCAUGACCACUGGACCACUGUAGGCAUAGUCGUGAUCGUGGUGGUGUGCUGUGUGGUCGGAACUUCACUGGUGUGGGUCAUCGUCAUCUAUCACAUGCGCAGGAAGAACGAGGACUACAGCAUCACCAACACUGAUGAGAUGAAUUUGCCGGCAGAUAUCCCCAGCUACCUGUCCUCCCAGGGUACUUUGUCAGAGCCUCAGGAAGGCUACAGUAACUCUGAGGCUGGCAGCCACCAGCAGCUCAUGCCUCCCCUUUCCAAUGGAUACGCUCAUAAAGGCACUGAUGGUGUUUGCUACGGAGACACCGGCAGCGAAGUGGAAAACGAAGGGAACGGCGUGCUGCACUGCAGGGUGGGCUCUCUGUUCAGCGGCCGGAGCAGCUUCCAUCCGGGGGACUCUCGGGAGGGACUCGUGGGCGGCCCCGCAGUGGGCCCAGGUUCUGUAGUCAUCUGCUCCGACUGCUACGACAAUGCCAACAUUUACACCCGCACGCGCGAGUACUGCCCCUACGCCUAUCUCGGAGAGGACGACCCGCUGGACAAGACUCUACCAGACCUAAAGGAGUGCCUGAGCGAGCAUGCCCAACACGGGGACGCCGCCCUGAAGAGCCUCAUAAACACCCAGGACUCUUCGGUCUUGCUUUCCUCACACGGCAAAAGGACGAGCAGCCUCACGCCCCCGGAGCGCUACGCUAACGAUUCCAUUAGUAGAUCUUUCUGGAGAGAAGGAGAAAAUCCUUCAUCCAAAGCCCAUUCGGGAGUAUCCCAGCUCUCAGUGACUGCACACAGGACACCUCCUCUGACCUCCGCCGCUGACGCCGGAGUAGAAAAGGGCGAAGCGGAAGCAAACUGUUUCUCAAGCCAGUGCACGCAGGACUACAGAAACGCCCGCAACAGGACUAACCCUGAGGAACACCUGGCUCCCACAUAGCUCCUUUUACACUAACCACAUCCUGCCUCGGGCUCCUUAUUGCUGCACCCCCUCUCCUGACCCCCCCAUGACCCCUCACCCACUACCUCCAAAGAGACUUCUCACACUCUGCCAAAGAUGCUCUCUUGUAUGUUUACAUUCCCCCUUUCACUCAAGAGGUCGCGCUCCACCGUGGAAGCCUGCAGCAUCGGAACGGAAAACUAGACCAGUGAUUUGAAAUGGCCUCCUUUUUGAUGCCCCCAAAUGCAGGAGGACCCCUGCCUUCUCUCCCCCCCCCCCCCCCCACCCUUCACUCUUCUGUGGUCCUACGCAAGAAAACAAUGAAUGUAUGCUUUCAAGAGCCAUGUCAGGUGCUGCCUUGGGAGAACGCUAAGACACGCCCGUGUCUUCCCGUCCCCGCUGAUGUGGGGCCGAGUGGCGUCUCAUCACUCCCGGUACCGGCACCUGUCGCAGCAGCCUGCAUGACUUCAGAAAAAAGCACUAAACGCCUCCUUCCAGACGAGAGGGAGAGGGGGUAGAGAAACAGACAGAUGUUGUUUCCUGACCAGCAGUUUUUGGAUGAAAGUAUUGAAAAGACUCUAUGAAGGCUUACCUCCCACAGUCCGACUGACUUUUAUGCAAACAUUGUGUGCAUUAUCAAUAUACACAUAUAAAUGUAUACUAUAUUACCUUAAUCUGUUUCCACUUUUGUUCCAUAUUAAGCGCAAUUGUUAAUUCCAUAAUUGUAUGUUUUUAUAGUAAUAAUGAACAGAAUUUUUUUUUUUUUUUUUUUUUUGCACAUGAGACAAUCACAGUUGCUUACUGGUGUUUGUCUGAUUGAUGGCCUUUCAUUAAGCAUUCUCAGUAACCUUAUCAGGUGGGUAGAUGAUUUAUAUUUUCUUUAAUACAAAAUGCACUGAUUUGUUAGCCCUUUUAUUCCACGUUACCAGCACUUAAUGGUAGCAAACCUUAUUAUGCAGUUUACAUCUUUAACAGUUAUAAGGAUUUAUCAUCACAGUUUUAACUCAAAGUUAACAAUCCUUUGGUAAAUAUUGAUUAAGCCUGUAGGUUUUCGCUCUGGACUGUGAAAAAUUAGAAUGUAUUGUCUUACUUUAUGUAUGUUUGUAUGUAUGUGUACAUAAUGUUAUCUAUUGAAUUCAGUGCUCUACUAGUACAUUUUCAGAGAUUUGAAGCUGCAACAACUUUAAAAAGACUUGCAGCGUAUGCAUCACAAGCCCACGUCGUCCCAGCAUUACCCCCGAAUCUGUGUCAUUUAAAGGAACCAGAGUAAUAUUUUCUUGAUAUUUCUUAUUUUUCUCAAAACGGAAAGAUUAUGAUCAAACGGCUGCACCGCACUGUUUCAAAAUGUCAAUUAUUAUUCUGUUUUGACGCUUCCAAAUAGAAAUGCCUCCUCACACGUAGCCUCGUAAGUCGUCCUAUUAAAAAAGAUCUUCACGAUUAUUGCACUUCAGGGUCGCUCGGAUGUGAUUGGCCACGUUUGCGACUCAUAUUUUCUCAGUAUGUUAAGACGUCGGUGUAUUGUAUAUCUUAAGUAAUCCUGCCAAGAAUAAAUGCGGUCACAUGCAGCAGCCGGCAGCCUGUAACAUUAUCCAGUUCUGUUAGAUUUCUGUUUCAUGUUUGAGUAAAGUUGAAGAUUUCUGUUUCAUGUUUGAGUAAAGUUGAUUCAACUGCAGGUAUAAGCUCAGUUCCAUCCCACCUCUUUUCCUUAAUGAUCGUGCUGUUGUGAAGCUACUCCUCAUUAAAAACCGUUUUGAAUGAAAUUCAACUUUACAACACUACCUGGGAGGUCAUGCAGGACUGUUAGGUGCAAACUAAUGAGAUAUUGGGUGUGAAUCACUGUUUUUUUUGUUUUUACGGUCUAACAUAUUUAAAAAUAAUUUUUUCUUCGUCAUUGUAAUAGUCUUUAUAAUUUUCUGCUCUUCCAUUGAAGAGCGUGGAAGUACUUAUGUACUUAAGCUGUCACAGUGGUACGAGGUGUUAACGGUACCGAGUUUAGCCACAGUACAUGUUAUGAUCGAUGUGAUGGAGGUUGAUGCUGUUUUCUAUGUAAUGUCACGUAGUAUAACAUGGCAGAACAAGGUUGUUGUUCCAUUCGCAUGGGCGGUUAUUCCCAAGCCUCCUCAGUGGUACUCUCACAUGACUUCUACUGUACGUUGUGGCUGCACUGCUUUUAUUGUGUUUCCAUAAUUUGAUGACACGUGCCUCCGUCACAUUCCGAGCCUGUUCCUCCUAACUGGGGAUGAAGAGCGACGGUGAAAACCACCUGGCUCUGUUUCCCCCCGUGAGGGGCCAAAGCCUCGGCAUGGCUCCCUGGUCUCGCUCUUAGUUCUCUGGCAGCGUCUUCUUCCUGUUGCUGGUUGCUGUGACUACUUGCCAAAGUCAGUUUCAGGCUCCUCUUGAAUAAUGAAAGAAAAAAAAAAAAAUUAAAUGGAAAUUAACACUCAUUAGUCAUCCUAGUGAAACUACACGCCGAGUCAGCAGACGUCGACUCGGUGUACACUUUUUUUUUUUUUUUUCAGCAACACAACCUAACACAAUGUUGCAUUUGUUUUAUUCUCUAAAAUGUUGUUUAUGACUCUAUACCAAAGUUAAACAGUAAGUGCUGUGGCAAUAUUCAAUGCUGCUGUUUUUUGUUGUUUUUAUUUGCAUUGUUGGAGUUUUUUUGUUUUAUUUUGGACCUUGUUUACCUGUACAUUCUGUAAAGUAUGUCUAAAGAGCCUUUUUGUUACAUAGCCAUUACUCAAAUAUUAAAACGAGAGCUCUCAGAA